ACAGCUCACAGCCAGCCCACGCGGUCACGCCCCACAGCCCACAACCGCACAUCCCUAGCGUAGCGACUGCUGCUGCUGCGGCGGCGCCGGCGGCGGCAAGUGCUCAAGCGAAGCACCGGCCAGCGGAAUCAACCGAUGGAGGCGGCCUCCGUCGCUUCCUCCGGCACCGGGCUGCGCUGCUCGGUUAACCCUGUCCGGAACCCGCAGAGGAUAAGCGCAGGGGUGCGCUUCACGACGACCAAGCGGCAGCCAUGUGCCGCCACCUCCAGGCGGUUGCUGCUUCCUCCGAGCGCUCGCGCAAACACGGCGGCGAUAGAUAGCGGAGCUGGGUACCCCGGGGUCAGCAGGAAGAGGCUCGCGGUGUUCGUGUCCGGCGGGGGCUCGAACUUCCGGUCGAUCCACGAGGCCGCUCUGGGUGGAAAGGUGAACGGGGACGUGGCUGUGCUCGUCACGGAUAAGCCAGGCUGCGGUGGUGCGGAGUAUGCAAGGUGCAAUGGCAUACCGGUGGUUGUGUUCCCAAAGUCGAAAUCAGCGCCGGAGGGGGUGUCGACGGAUGAACUUUUGAAUGUUCUGAGGGAUCUGAAGGUAGACUUUGUUCUGCUUGCUGGUUACUUGAAGCUCAUACCUGGUGAGCUAGUUCAGGCAUAUCCCAGAUCCAUGCUGAAUAUACAUCCUUCACUCCUCCCGGCAUUUGGUGGGAAGGGUUAUUAUGGUUCGAAAGUGCAUAAAGCAGUUAUUGCAUCUGGAGCCAGAUACUCAGGACCAACUGUUCACUUUGUGGAUGAGCAGUUUGACACGGGAAGAACCUUAGCCCAAAGAGUUGUGCCUGUUUUAGCCAAUGAUACGCCAGAGCAAUUGGCUGCAAGGGUUCUUCAUGAGGAGCACCAAGUUUAUGUUGAGGCAGUUGCUGCCUUGUGUGAGGACCGGAUAGUGUGGCGGGAAGAUGGUGUCCCACUUAUCAGAAGUCGUACAAACCCCAAUGCGUUUACCUAAUUCGUGACAUGUCUCCUGAACGCUACUGAAAUUUGUAGCCCUCUGCCAAGUGUCAUUUUCCCCCAGGGCUUGGAGUUAAUUCGUACUGUUAGUCUGACUGAGUGAAAUAACAUGUCUGAUAAACAUAAUAU